AUGGCGUCGACCGCCGCCUUCCUCCCGCUGCUGGCGCUCCUGCUGGUGGCGACGGCGCAUUGCUCGCCGCUGCUGCCCCAGCGGUGCCCGCAGGCCGACCGGCAGGCGCUGCUCCGGGUGAAGCAGGCGCUGGGCAGCCCGGCGACGCUCAAGACGUGGUCGCCGGCGUCGGCGGACUGCUGCGCGUGGGACCACCUCACGUGCGACGAGGCCGGGCGCGUGAACAACGUCUUCAUCGACGGCGCCGACGACGUGCGCGGCCAGAUCCCGUCCGCGCUGGCGGGGCUGACGGCGCUCAUGUCGCUCUCGCUCUUCCGCCUCCCGGGCCUCCAGGGCCCCAUCCCGGCCUGCCUCACCUCCCUCUCCAAGCUCGAGUUCCUCACCGUCUCCCACACCAACGUCUCCGGCUCCAUCCCGGACUCCCUGGCGCGCCUCCACAGCCUCGACUCCGUCGACCUCUCCAACAACAGGCUCACGGGCGCCAUCCCCAACUCCUUCGCCGACAUGCCCAACCUCCGGUCGCUGGACCUCCGCCGGAACCAGCUCACCGGCCGCAUCCCGGCCAGCCUCGUGCAGGGGCAGUUCCGGUCGCUGGUGCUGUCCUACAACCAGCUGACGGGCCCGAUCCCGCGCGACGACGCGCAGGACGAGAUCAACACCGUGGAUCUGUCGCACAACCAGCUGAGCGGCGACGCGUCCUUCCUCUUCUCCGAGGGGCGGCCCAUCGGCAAGGUGGACCUGUCCUACAACAACCUCGACUUCGAGCUGAGCAGGCUCAAGUUCCCCAAGGAGCUGACGUACCUGGACCUGAGCCACAACCGCAUCAGGGGCACCGUGCCCCGGUCGCUGGAGGCGCUGUCCACGCUGCUCACGCUGGACCUCAGCUACAACAACCUCUGCGGGCCGCUCCCCAAGCUGCACGGCGUCAUGCGGCACGGCUGCAAGGCCUACGAGCACAACCUCUGCCACCGCGGGGCGCCGCUCGAGAGCAGCUGCCACCAGCUCUGA